AUGGUCAGACUUGACAAGGUCACCCAGGUCGAGGCCAGGCUAGUUGGGUCUAAGACGUUGCGCCGUGUAGUGGAUGGUAUUACGGGGCACAACAAAACUCCCGAGGUGCUCCUUGGUACUCCAUUAUCGGCCCGGCUUGGUCUCGCUGGUCCAAACUGCCCUAUAACAACGUGGCCAUCAAAGAGUCUCACCGGUGGCGUCCCGUCAGCCCUUGGGGUGUUCCUCGUGCCGUCGUUGAAGGUCGAAUCGGAUAUUUUCUCCCCAGUCACCACAGAUAAUGUGCAGUCAAACCAAUCCUUAGAUGACCACACCGAUGGUAAACUCAUUCCGCAAGGAUCGAGCAUCGCUCUCAAUGUCUGGGGUAUGCAUCAUGAUAGUGAGCGAUGGGAGGAACCGGAGCAUACCUUUCAGCCGAAACUCUUCGCCAGCCUUGGCGUCGGGCUACGCGGAUUCGAACGCCGAGACCACCUGGGUGCGGGGCGGGCCGGCGGAUCUGCCUUUGAGUUCCUCGAACCCCCCGAUAGCCACAAUGAUAUUCCAGCUCGCUCCGGUGCUAGUAGAUGGUUUCUUCAUUGCCUCAAGGAUUCUGGAUGUGCCAUUCGUGCUCGCUCUCCAGAAAAGCGGGACACCAUUAUGCAGGAAUUUGGCGAGGCGCAAGAGGUUUUCGCUCGAGCUGAUUAG